AUGUCGCUCGAAUCGUUUGUUGAAUCUUCCGAAUUCGCACUGGAACAGGUGAUCCCUGUUUACGAGAAGUCCCACUCGUCGAUCGCCUCGUCUCCAUCCGUCGGUUCGUGGGUUUGGCCUCCUGCUUCUGAGGAAAGGCAGCGUACCACCGUCGUUGAAUGCGAUCAAUGCUUUGAUCACCUCCUCGGUGGCCAAACACAGCAUCGGGCCAAUUGCCGUCCAAGAACCGCGCUUGUCCCUCGUCUUGUUCCUCAUCAGCUUCGUCGGCUAACGCCUCUACCACGUGCUCCAUUCUCCCCGAAUGCACCUUCCCGCCACGCGAUCCACAGUCCUAUUUUGGACCACAACGUUUUAUGGGCGCCUAUAGUGGACGCGGAUCCAUUUGCGGAGUUUUGGGAGGAGGGUCACAAUGAACACUUCAACAAAUGCAAGGCCGAUCACCAGUCCCCAUCAUCUUCAUCGUCAUUCCAAUCCCAAUCCGAUCCCCUUCAAUGCCGCACUCCAUCUCCACUUCCCUUCAUGAUCCCCUCUCCAACUCCAUCCUCAAACUCUCUCCUUUCCCUCUCUCCAUUCAAUCAACAAUUCCUCGAUUUAGACCAAAUCGUGCACGAGCUCGGCUGCUAUGAAUGCUACGACAUUCGUCCAGUAGAGUCUCCAUCAUCUUCAGCUCAAAUUCCAUUCAUCGAUGACCUCAUAUUCUCGGUCAGACAAGAGAUCGAGCAGGCCAACAAGCUAUCACCAGCUCAAUCUCCAGCUCAAUCUCAAUCUCCAUCGCAUAUCUCGAGUCGAGUCGAAUCACCUGAAAUUGUGCAGCGAAAGCGCAGUUUUGAGCGCUCGUCUUCCAUAGAAGAAGUCGUUGAAGAUGAGGAUGAGGUCCCAGCAAAGAGAAAACCCAUCAGUUUGGCCGAAUUGUCACCAGAAGAAGUAGCGGCUCGAAAAAGAGAACAAAAUCGAGUGGCCGCGCUUCGUUACAGACAAAAACUGAAGAAAAACAAGAGAGGAGAAGAGGACGAGGUGGACUACCUCACCUCGCGUAACACAUUUCUUUUGGAAGAGGUCGAUCGAUUGGAGCUGGAAGUGAGAAAUCUUCGUUGCUCUCUCUAUAAACAAUUCGGCAUUCCGUUAAUCUCAAAUAAA